AUCAAAGUGAACGAAAGCGCACAGCGCACAACGCGCAACGAAAGAAACGAGGGGGAGGGGGUGUUCAGCGCAGCGCGCAAGUGCGGCAACAGCGCAGCGCAAACCGAAAGAAACGCGAGAGAGCAAGAACAGCUGAUCCGCGCAUCCAGCGCAGCGCGAGAGGAAAAAAACGGGAGGGAGGGGGUAUCAGCUGAUCAGCUGUUUUGUAUCGCGAGAGCGCCCCGUGUAAUUUGAAGGCAUGCGAGAGAGCGCUGCGCGCGCUCACUCUCAAUUCGGAAAAAAAUCGCUUCCGCUCGACUAUGGCGGCCAAUACAAAAUCGACCGAACCCCUUCCCCCUGUUUCUACAUGCCCCUCGCCUGUAAAUUUUGCUCUCUUUGUCUGUCCCCGACGCGAACAGGGGAGGGGGCUGUCGAGCGGAAGCGAUUUUUUCCGAAUUGAGAGUGAGCGCGCGCAGCGCUCUCUCGCAUGCCUUCAAAUUACACGGGGCGCUCUCGCGAUACAAAACAGCUAAUCAGCUGAUAUCCCCUCCCUUCCGUUUUUUUCCUCUCGCGCUGCGCUGGAUGCGCGGAUCAGCUGUUCUUGCUCUCUCGCGUUUCUUUCGAUUUGCGCUGCGCUGUUGCCACACUUGCGCGCUGCGCUGAACACCCCCUCCCGCGCGUUCUUUUCGGUUUACGCUGCGCUGUUGCCGCACUUUGCGCGUAGCGCUGGACACCCCCUCCCCCUCGUUUCUUUCGUUGCGCGUUGUGCGCUGUGCGCUUUCGUUCACUUUGAUUUGCAGCGUAAUAAAAUCGCGUGCAUCUAAAUAAAACUUAAACACAUCAAACUCGUUUGAUAUUUUAACACUUUACAGGGUUUCGAAUCAUAUAAGGGAAUAGUUCAACCACUUAGGGGAAUGUUGCAAAUCGUUAGGGGAAUGUUGCAUGCAAGCUGUGGAUGUUUGCAAUCACUUAGGGGAGUUGUGCAAUCGAUUAGGGGAAUGUUGCAAGCGUACUGUGGAGUUGUCGAACGCAGUAGGAGGAAGGAAGAACGAGAGGAGGAAGAACGGUAAAUUUGGAAGGGGGAAAGCGUUCUGACGUCUACACAGCGGGAGUAUGCCAAAACACAUGUGGGAAGGGAGAGGGAUAUUAUUCAAUAAACAGCAUGCGAAUGUGUGCAUAAAGCAAAUGUGAACAGCCUCAUCAUUUCUAUAAGCAAUCCGAAAAAGGGGGUGGAGCAAACACAUUGGUAUGCGUGAGCGGCUGAAGAAACCAGAACGUUUAGAUGUGUGCGUGACGGAUGGUUCGGGCGCCUGUGGCGCCUGAGAGCUUUAUGGAGAGCUUUGUAGGGAGCCCAGAUUACACAGGCCGCCGUCGGUUUUUGCGUCCUUGGGUUUGCCGUCCAAAACCUAGAGAGAGAAGACAGGGCCUCUCGCUUUGGCACACAGCAAAAUCUCUCAACAACUUCGGCUCUGCUACUUGGGUAAUUUGCUGUGCGUUCGUGCGUUCGGUUGCUGUUCGCCAUCUCUUGAUGGUGUCGUUGCCUCGAGACCGCUCUCACUACUACACCUCACGCAUUGCGUAGAACACGCUCUCUCUCUCUCAUCGCAAUGGAUUGUGCCAUCUGCUCUUCUACCAUCACCAAGGAUCCGGUUCUCUGCUGUGGAAAUUUGCCUUAUUCGAAAUGCAAGGCUGCGUUUCAUCCAGAAUGCAUUAAAAUUGCUGCAGCUUGUGUCAAAGAGAUGGCCCGUAAUCGUGGCCUUUGCUGGAUGUGUGAAAAGUGUCGUGAAUCUAGAGCCGACUUCGUUUCUUUUAUUUCUGGUUUGAUGUGCGAUCUGAAAAAUGAGAUGAUAAAUGAACUGUUUCAUGAGCUAGAUAAAAGGUUCACUCACUUGCCUUCAUCCAAAUUACCAUCCACUAAACCUACAAAUACAGCUUCAAGUGCACCAAAGCAAACUGGUAUCCCCACUACAAGUUUAUUAACCGUUAACGCAUACCACACUGAUCCUGACAAUAUAGAGUCAUCCACGCCUGAAUCCGUUAAACUAGACACUAUUUCACGCACACACCCAUCAGAGCGUACUGAAACGUCGAUCACUGAAUUCUCUCACCCAGCUCUUCACAUUGGCACUUCUAACGACUUAACCAUGAACAGCGCUAUACAGUUUAUACCAGCACCAGAACCAAAAACAUGGAUUUUUAUUACGAGAGUUGCACCAAAAGUUACCGAAGAAAGCAUGAAAACAUUUAUUCAAGGGAGAUUGAAUUGCACUAACUGUUCCGUGAAACGUAUUUUGCCCAACGGCCGCGAUCCAAACGCUCUCACAUACAUAUCAUUUAAAGUUGGUGUCCCUUCUGAACUAAAAGAGAUCGCGCUCUCUCCCACGACUUGGCCGUGUGGUUUUGUUUACAGAGAGUUUAACUUUCGCCCACGCGCUCCCAAAAUAUCCACACCAUAUUCGGGAUUCACCUUACGCACCGCUUUAUCCUCAAUCAGCUGUUCGGGAACCUGCGAAAACAAACACUACUCACCAGGACAUGAAUUUCACCAACACUAUCACAUCACCACAGCCGUCUACUUCUUACUCGAUCUCUACCGCGGUCAUACAAACAAACGCUGCAUCAACAACAGAACCGCAAAUAAAUGUUGCUGGCAACUCUUCCGGAUCACCUUUUUUACACAAACAAUAACGUGUCCGCGCCGACACGAUGUAUCACUAAAGGAUCCUUUCUAUAUUUUCUAUCAAAAUGCUAGAGGUUUACGCACAAAAAAUACCGAAUGCUUUACCAGUACAGCUAUUUCCGAGUGGGAUGGGAUCGUUCUCACCGAAACCUGACUCACCGAUAGUUACCCAUCUUCUCUAUUGUUUGACAGCCACCGCUACAAUACCUUCCGAUUGGAUCGCUCUGCCGUAAAUAGUGAUAAAUGUAUUGGUGGAGGAGUUCUUAUUGCCACGAAUAUCAAAUAUGCGGCUUCGCUGCCCACCGGUCACCAGCACUCAGAGAUCCGCUGAGAUUGAAGCUGGCUUUGAAGCUGAGUUGGCGAAAUUAUUCAACCGAUCCGUCGGGUCCCGAAGCCGAAGCAAACCCGAAGCCGAAGCAAAACCCGAACGGGGUUCGGUACGACCCUUCGUUAAAAUAGCCCCCUCCCCCUUUUUUGCCAGUGCGGACCAUUAUAUCAACAUGAUUCGAUUUAUUGGAUAUCGAACCAACAUAGAAUACAAAAAAAAAACACACAACACAUGCACAAUAAUCACUGCACUUAAUUCUAAAUUAACGCACAUAAUAAAAAAACACUUUUUACACUCGCACAAUGAAAAAUUAAAAUCAGCACAGCACUUUCUGCUCCACAUCGCUGUCGCGCCUAGUUCUUCUCGCUGCACUGUACGGGCCACCAUCUCCAACACCACGACACUGCCACAGGUUUUGUUGUCUCCGUUCGCCGUGAAACACACAUGAAAUGGAAGAAAAAUUAUAUUAAUUAGAAGGGGGGAUGUUGGUUGAUAAUUUUAAUCACUUUUACUUACCUUAAAUUAAACAAAACUCCAUUUUUUACGGGGUUUAUCCGCUGACUACCAAGCGCUGAAACACCACACAAGCACCAACCUCACUGGACUGAAAGUGAAGCCUACUGCGUGAAUGUGUGUAAGCGCUUCUGCCAAGCCAACCGCGCCGUACUGCGUGUGUAGCCAAGUGCGUGUGUGUGUAUAUUUGCACCACUGGACACAGAACACAAAUCUCACCGCACAGCAGAGCGUGUGUCGCCAAGUGUAUGCAUGUGUGUAUUUGCACCACUGAAUUCUGAACGUCCGCCGCACCGCACCACACAGCGUGUAUCGCCAAGUGCGUGGCUGUGUGUUGUAUCACCGUGGUGUGGCCAAAUGUGUGCAUGUGUGUACUUGCUCCACUGAAAGCCGGUAUCGCACCAGAUUUCGGGUGUCGCCUUGUGCGUGUGUGUGUUAUUGUCACAGCACACUCGUUCGUCAUUUUUUUUUCCCAACAGUCAAAAGCCGAAGAUUUUAUAUUGACCUUUCACUUUUCCUAUCUGUCUCUCGCUCUAAUUUGAGCGAUUUUCCCCUGAUGAGUGUCCCCGAGCCUCCUCGUGUGGUUGUUGUUGUUGGAAGUUGAAACCGAAACCCCUUCGUGCGCUGCCAAAAUCAACGAAGAACGAAAUCGAGUGGCUCAAGCGAAAAAACGAAAAAAAAUGACGAACGAGUGUGCUGUGACAAUAACACACACACGCACAAGGCGACACCCGAAAUCUGGUGCGAUACCGGCUUUCAGUGGAGCAAGUACACACUCACAUGCACACAUGUGGCCACACCAGCGCUCUGUUCUAGUGCAGGCAGUUUUCUGCAGUCCACGGUGAUACUACACACAGCCACGCACUUGGCGAUACACGCUGUGUGGUGCGGUGCGGUGGACGUUCAGAAUUCAGUGGUGCAAAUACACACAUGCAUACACACACACGCUCUGCUGCGCGGUGAGAUUUGUGUUCUGUGUCCAGUGGUGCAAAUAUACACACACACGCACUUGGCUACACACGCAGUACGGCGGGGUUGGCUUGGCAGAAGCGCAUACACACAUUCACGCAGUAGGCUUCACUUUCAGUCCAGUGAGGUUGGUGCUUGUGUGGUGUUUCAGCUCUUGGUGGUCAGCGGAUAAACCCCGUAAAAAUGGAGAUCAUUCUAAUUUAAGGUAAGUAAAAGUGAUUAAAAUUAUCAACCAACAUCCCCCCUUCUAAUUAAUAUAAUUUUUCUUCCAUUUCAUGUGUGUUUCACGGCGAACGGAGACAAAAAAACCUGUGGCAGUGUCGUGGUGUUGGAGAUGGUGGCCCGUACAGUGCAGCGAGAAGAACUAGGCGCGACAGCGAUGUGGAGCAGAAAGUGCUGUGCUGAUUUUUCUCUGUGCGAGUGUAAAAAGUGUUUUUUUAUUAUGUGCGUUAAUUUAGAAUUAAGUGCAGUGGUUAUUGUGCAUGUGUUGUGUUUUUUUUGUAUUUAUGUUAUAUAAAAUAUUCAAUAAAUCGAAUCAUAUUGAUAUAAUGGUUCGCACUGUAUCAUUUCGGAAAGAAAUCCUGGCAAAAAAGGGGGAGGGGGCUAUUUUAACGAAGGGUCGUGCCGAACCCCGUUCGGGUUUUGCUUCGGCUUCGGGUUUGCUUCGGCUUCGGGACCCGACGGAUCGGUUGAAUAAUUUCGCCAACUCAGCUUCAAAGCCAGCUUCAAUCUCAGCGGAUCUCUGAGUGCUGGUGACCGGUGGGUUUCGUUUUUUCGCUUGAGCCACUCGAUUUCGUUCUUCGCUGAUUUUGCCGGCGCACGAAGAGGUUUCGGUUUCAACUUCCAACAACAACAACCACACGAGGAGGCUCGGGGACACUCAUCAGGGGAAAAUCGCUCAAAUUAGAGCGAGAGACAGAUAGAAAAAGUGAAAGGUCAAUAUAAAAUCUUCGGCUUUUGACUGUUGGGUACUCACGAAGGGAAAAUCACUCAAAUUAGAGCGAGAGACAGAUAGAAAAAACGAAAGGUCAAUAUAAAAUCUUCGGCUUUUGACUGUUGGGCGGCAACCGCACGUCCUAGAAAGCUGAAAUCGGG